AUGCCCAAACCAACAAUCGUCUUCAUCCCCGGCAUCUGGGAAGGCCCCACAGUCUUCACCGGCGUCUCCAACACCGUCUCCUCCCUCGGCUUCCAAACCCAAGCCGUCUCACUUCCCAGCACCGGGUCCCGCUCCCCAGGCAACCCGUCCAUGAAAGACGACGAAGCGGCCAUCCGAGCCGUGGUCAAGAAACUCGUCGAAGAAGAAGAGAAAGAGGUGUUGAUGGUGAUGCAUUCGGCAGGCGGUUUCUUGGGGAGUGCUGCUAUUGAAGGGUUGGGAAGGAAGGAGGGGCGGAAGGGCGGUGUUGUGAAGUUGGUGUUUUUGUGUGCGGGGAUUGCGGAGGUGGGGCAUUUCCAUGCUGCUUUGCCGUUUAUGGAUUUGGAGACAGGAAAAGAAGCAGGAGAAAUGCACUGCGUUCGUCCACGAGAACUCCUCUUCAACGAUCUCUCACCAGAGGACACAGAGAAAUGGCUCUCGCUUCUUAAACCUCAGCCUCUAUCGGGAUGGGGUGCGACCACUGAUUAUGCUGGGUGGAAAGAGAUACCUAGCGUGUAUCUGAUUUGUGAGAAUGAUCAGGUCCUACCCGAAGCGUAUCAAGCAAAGAUGUCAGCCAUGGUAGGCAGUAAAGUCGAGAGGUGUAAGAGUGGGCAUAUGGUGACGCUGAGUAUGCCUGACAAAGUAGUGGACGUUAUUAGGGAUGCUGCGGAGGAAGUGUGA